AUGAGAAAUCAACAAUAGUUUUAUUAGAAUGGCCAACCCUAUUCAAAUGCUUAGUCAUUAGUUAUUUCUACUAAUAAUUUAAAUUUAGCGAGUUAGCAAAAAAUUCAAAGCUCUAAAAAUCUGGUUGAAUCUUGCAAGGAAUUCAAGUUUUUUUAGAAAGAAAUAUCACCUCCUAUAUCGAUUAAAGGUACCAAAUUUGUAAAUCCAUUUGGUUCUUAAUCGAGUAUAUUCCAAAAUUAGAGUGAAACCAAGUACAAAUAAAUGAAAAAAAUUGAAAGCUAGCUGAAGUAAUACUAAAAAAUGAAAAAGGAAGUCAUUACAUAGACUUUAACAAUGUAAAAUGAACCUUUUCGUGAAAAGUUUAAUAGAACUGUUAAGCAAGAGCCAUCUGAAUGGGAAGAAUUAAAAAAGCAAAGGAUAUUAUAAGGAAAGCGUGAGUUAAAUUAAAAAUUUAAGGUGUAGAAAUAAGCAAUUACUGAAUAUUUAGAGGGUAAGAAGGUUGAUAAUAAAAUAAUAAAGCAUCACAAAGAAGUUGUUUAGCCUAAUCCAGUUUAAAGAGCUCAUAAAUUAUCUGUUUAACCUUAGCAAGAUAUUUUUCAAUUUACUUAACACCAACAGUAGACUUAAACAUCUCCAGCAUAAGCUAAUUCUGCUAUUCCUCACUAACCCUAGAGGUUCCUUCUGUAAUCUCAAAAGUAGCUGAUGCAACAAUAAGAACAUGAGUAAUAUCUAAAGCAAUUUACUGCUGCUCAUAAUGCUAAAAAGAGACCCAAAAGUGCUCUGAUAUAGAUGCUUGAUGGGGCUAAUUAAAAGACAGAGAAAAAAAGAAAAGAAAUUGAUCCAAUAAAAUUAAAAAUGAAGGAUUUUCUUGAAAAAUUCUUAAAGGGUGAAUAGCAAUAUUUCAAAAUAUUAGAAGAUACUUCGAAAAAAGGAUAAUAAAUAUUUUAAAAUGGCAUUGAAGUAUCCUAAAAAUUUUUUUAUGAUUAGAUUGAACCUUCAGAAUAUUAAUUUAAUCAAACAAAUGAUUUAAAGACCAACAAAAGAUAUCGUAUACUACGUUCUGAGUAAUUCAAACUCAAUCUACCUUAAUAAAAUAAUUUAGUUCCAGGAGAAGAUACCUUAACUAAAAAGAAGUUAGGCAAAAAUCCACUUUUAAAACACUCGUUCACCAAAGUUAUUGAUGAAUAAUUAUCUAAAGAUGAGAAAUUUUAGGCUAUGGAAAAUUAUGAGAAUUACGAUUCUGAAAAUUAUUAUACAGAGUAAAUUAAAAAGCAAAGAUAUGGUUUAGAAUAUUUACAUCAGUAAAUGCAAAAAACAAAAGAAGGUUUUGAUAAAAAUAAAAAUAUUCCUGAAUAGUAUUCCGAGUUCUUAAAGCUCGUAAAAUAAAACAAUAAAAAUAUGGUAUAAAUUAUUUUGGAUACUAAUCCUAAGCUUAUAAACGAAGCAGUAGAUCACUUAGGUCAAACUGCUUUGCAUUGGGCAGCAAAAAGAGGUUAUAAAAAAAUGUCAUAAAUUUUAAUAAAUAAAGGAGCUAAUAUAAAUGCUCUUGAUCUAAAUAAAAAGACACCAUUAGACCUUGCUAUUUCUUAGGAUCAAACCAAAACUAUCAGUCUAAUUAAAAAGGAAGAGGCCGUUUAAAAAAUGGAGAAAAAAAUUAAUACCCAUGAUGAUUAAAAUAUCACAAUAAUAAGCCAACAAGAUGAUCAAUUAAAUUUAACUGGAUUAAUAUCACCUGGUUCAAAUAAAUUAUAAAUAACAAAAUAAGCUCAAUUUUGA